UGUUUCCAACAGCUGACAGACGGUGAAAGCCUGGGCGAGAGCUGUCAGGGAGGGAGAGAUCGGAGUCUCUCCGCGGAACGGGCAGAAUACACAACCCGAGCACUGUUGGACUUUGGAUUGCUUCGAACCAGGAUAUUGAUAUCGAGCAAUUUGUAUUGCUCUGUCCGAAUUGAGACAUUUGUUAAGUUCAAUAAUAUUGCGUCGUUGGUGCAUGUGUAUUUGAACAUUUACAGUUUGCAUCUACCCCCUAAACCCGUGCCCAAUGCCGAGGAAUGGAUAGUGUGUCUGAGAAAGGUGGAAAGAUGGUCGAGAGUGAUGAGCAGUCGGAGAGGGAAAGUGGCGGUGGCGCAGCGAUGGCAGCUCUACACCAAUGCGAACUCAUCCAGAACAUGAUUGAAAUCUCCAUAUCCAGUUUACAGGGGCUCCGGACGAAAUGCGCCGCGUCCAACGACCUCACACAGCAAGAGAUACGUACUUUAGAGGUGCUCUUCUUUGCGAGAAUUUGGAAAACCAAGGCAUUGGUUGAAUCUGUGUUUGAAAUUCACUGCUCGACUGAGGGACCUUACAGGUGAAGCUGAUGAAGUACAUUUGUAAGCAGCUGCAGUGUAAGCAGAAAGUGCCGGAGACAGAGAGGCCUCAGGCCUUGGACAGCUACCCACGGCUGGGGGACUGGCUGCGCACCGUCAACCUGAGACCU